GUCGAAGGGAAGAGGAUCGGGGCCGAGGCGAAGCGUGUGUCACAAUCGCGUCUGAGUGGCUGCGGUACGGGACAAUGGGCGCGCGCCGGGAUGAUUUAUUGUUUGUCGCUACCGCUCGUCGUCACCACCGCGGGUGGUAGUAGUGUCCUCUGAGGAUCCAAGUGCUACGUCUCGAGGGGGUUAUAGUCGGGAGAGGAAGAGAUACGCGCCGGGCGACGGCUCGAAUUGACGAGCGAUGUUCGCACCCGUGGAUAGACGUACGCGGCGCCGGGACUGGAAAUAACAAGCAACACGACCGCGCUGCGCUUGCUUCUGUGCUACACAACUCGGGCAUGUCAGUGUGUUGAGCCAAAAUGGCAGCCACAUUAACCGUCGAGCAAGAACAAGCUACGAAGGAGUUUAUAGAAGCUGUGAACAAGUGCAGAGCCGGCAGACGAGCCGGGCCAGUAUCGUGGAGCACGGCGGUGAAAUUUUUAGCGGCGCGAAAGUUUGAGGUUCAACGAGCUUUAGCUCUGUACGAGCAGCACGAAGCCACCAGAAGAAGAGAGGGACUAGCAGUUUUGCAUCCUACUCAGGAACCCUUACUCAGUGAACUACGCACAGGAAAAUUUACUGUCCUGCCAUCGAGAGAUGCAACAGGUGCAGCGAUAGCUAUUUUUACAGCGCAUUUACAUCUUCCACAAAACACCACGCAUCAAACAACUCUACAGGGUGUCGUGUACCAGCUAGAUGCCGCUCUGGAAAGCGCGGAAACGCAGAAGCACGGUCUAGUUUUUAUUUAUGACAUGUCCGACAGCAAGUAUCAGAAUUUCGACUAUGACCUGUCUCAGAAAAUUCUGACACUCUUAAAGGGUGGCUAUCCGGCAAAAUUGAAAAAGGUUCUGAUAGUGACGGCACCAUUGUGGUUCAAAGCGCCGUUCAAGAUCCUUCGAUUAUUCGUUCGUGAAAAACUGAGAGAUAGAGUGUUCACAGUGUCUAUUCCUCAGCUGACAUUACAUAUCCCGCGGGAAUCAUUGCCACAUCGUUUAGGCGGCACGUUGGAGAUACAGCAUGAAGCAUGGCUACUUCAUUGUCUUAAAUCCAUGACCAACCGAGGCGGGGGUGAACUGUGCGAGGUCACCCCAAGAGUCAGUACGCCCGUCUCGCCUUCAGGGAAAAAUCACACAAAUCAACAAAAUCCCAAUGGGACUACGACACAUAGUAGUUCAACUAGUCCUAUAAUUGAUAAGAAUAAACAGGUGAAAAAUGGCGUGUCAAACAUUGGCGACAUCGAAAUCACCACCUCCUCGAACGGUGAUGUCUGGAUGGGAACCGAUGAGGCACCGUCUCCAGUUCAGCCUCCGUCCUCAGCUAGCUCCGGUUUUAGCGACGACGAUAGUCUCCACGGUGAUCCGGGGCUGCAAGCCGUCACCAUGGAACAGUUUAUAUCGGACAUACAUUCGCGAGGACGCGCCGGCCUCAUAGCGGAAUAUGCGGAAAUUAGACAGAGACCGCCAGAUGGUUCAUUUAAUAAUGCCAAGUUAAGGGCAAAUCAAUCAAAAAAUCGCUACACCGAUGUGCUUUGUUACGACCAUAGUAGAGUUUGCCUUUCACAAGUGGACGGGGAUCCAACGUCCGAUUACAUAAAUGCGAACUUUGUCGACGGUUACAAGCAGAAGAAUGCGUUUAUUAGCACUCAGGGUCCACUUCCGAAGACUUGCGGUGAUUUCUGGAGGAUGAUUUGGGAACAACAAACGUUGGUCAUUGUCAUGACCACGAGAGUUGUGGAAAGAGGACGCACGAAAUGCGCACAGUACUGGGGUCCGGAAGCGGGCGAUGAAGUACAAGCGGGUGGUUUUACUGUGACCACUCUUGAAGUUGAUACAAAUCCAGAUUAUACAAUAUCUAUGCUUCUUCUCACAAACAAUAAGACUGAUGAGACGAGGGAAGUUUGCCAUAUGCUGUACACAGCAUGGCCAGAUUACGGUGUACCUCAGUCGGCCAAAGCUUUAUUGCAGUUCUUGUCUUUAGUAAGACAACAACAGAGCAAAUUGCUCACUAGCAGAGGAGACACAUGGGCCGGACAUCCUCGAGGACCACCUAUAGUUGUACACUGCAGCGCUGGCAUCGGAAGGACAGGUACAUUUUGCACGUUGGAUAUUUGCAUAUCGCGGCUGGAGGACACCGGAACCGUGGAUAUACGAGGAACUGUCGAGAAAAUCAGAGCACAGAGGGCCUACAGUAUUCAAAUGCCAGACCAGUAUGUCUUUUGCCAUCGUGCUCUGGCGGAAUAUGCGCUUUCCAAAGGGAUGCUCAGCGCUCAGCAUCUCUCUAUGUUACCUCCACCAAUCGAAGAGGACUCUGAUUAAGCGAGUAACGAAUUUUAUCACAUAUACUGGAUUGAUGUUCUUCCCGAGUAUGCAUAUAUAUAUAUAUAUAUGUAUAGUAUCCUUAAAACAAAAUAGCCUAUUUCUACCUUAAACGACUGAAAGUUAUUUUUUGCUAUUGUCAUCUAUCGACGAUGAUUGAAUUGUUCGCUAUUGUGUCAGUCUGAGACUUCCGACGAAGCCGGAUUAGUUUUUUUUUCUCAAAGCCAAAUAAGUAAACAAGAAGUUCCACAUUCCUGGUCUUCGUAUCGUGCUCCAGCAAGUUCUAUAUAAAGGUGCAUCCAGAAGCACUGAUCAGAGAUAAGUAUUAUAAUAGUGAACUAUAUAAGAAUUUGGCACAAGAAAACAAAUUUUACGGAUCUUAACUCUCUCAAAUAUAUUUACACA